AUGGAACAUCUGAAUGGAUCUUGGGGUGAGAACUGGGGCCCAGUCGGCACGAAAUUCUUCAUGAGGGAUUAUGCAAAUUUCCAAGAGACUUUUGCCGAUGAUAUGGAUGAGGAUCUCGCUGAACCAGAUGAAGAAGGCGAAGUAACGACCACCACGGCAGCCACCGUUGAGCCAGUGGCACUCGGACCUCGUCAAAAUUUACUCUCAGAUCUCGUCAAAAUUUACUCUCUGUCACAGUCCUACAUAGAAGAUGAAAUGGUCCGUGGAGGAACCAUUAUGAUACCGUAUCUGGUGGUCGGCUUUGUAAUCAUGUGCGUGUGCAGUAUCAUAUCAGUAAUGACAAGAGCAUUGUAUAUGCAUCAGGAAAACUGGUAUAAGAAUCGCUCGGCCAAAUGGCUUGUCCUCACCUCCGUUACUGUCGUGCUCAACUGCUUUGGCAAUGAUGUUCCUCUGUGGUGUGCGAUUUGCAUCCAUACUCUGCGUCAUACCGUUCCUCGUUCUUUCCAUCGGCCUACUAGAGGAUCUUACCAGCAAAAACUGUGGAAUUUCUUUUUACAGGUACUUUCCGAAGUCGGUCCAGCGAUUCUGAUCUCGUGUCUGACCAACGUGUUCGCCGACGCUGUCGGUUCGUUCACCUCAUCGCCGGAGAUCACUCUGCUUUGUACUGGCAACAUGUUGUCCAUGUGCGUUGCGUUCGUCUACCAGAUGACGUUUUACGCUGGUCUGAUGACACUCGUUGGACGACGAGAAAUCGGCGAGGAUAUUGAAGAAAAGAACAGAAUGGCCAUAAGUAUAGCCGAGAAUCGCGUGAAUAUUGCCAAGCACCACAGGACACUUACGCGCAAACCGUCGAAAUUCCAUGAGGCCACGAAGCCGGUGAUCAGUAAAUGUAUGAAGGAUUAUGUUGAGAUUAUGACAACUCCUUUCGUCUACGUCGGAGUUUUCCUCAUCUAUGUCGCCUAUCUGGCGUUGAGUAUCUAUGGAAUAACCAGGAUCAAUAUUAGUUUGACCGCAACGAAACUCUUCGCCACAGACUCGCCUCUGUUGGAGCUUGAUAGAUAUCGUGUCACCUAUCAAGUGCCCGUCUAUUCAAUGGCUACCGUAUUCGUGAAGAAUCCCGGCAACCUAUCGGAACCGGAGCGAUUACGUCGAAUCAACGAGUACGUUACCAUUUUCGAUUACUCAGUCAAGGAAAGGGUAAAGCACUUCAGUGAGGACGAGUUGAAGUACUUCCUGAAAUGGCCCGAGUACGACUUUUGGUCCGGUUUUGUGAAGCUGAGAAACGGUUCCCAACCGGGAGAGGAACACUUGGAUCGAUUUUUCUUCACUACCGGCUUCCACGGUGAAAGUUUGUCAGAUUGGAACGAACGUGGACGAAUGCUUCACGCUUGGCGAAACGUGGUCGAUAACUACAGGUUAGCCUUAUUCCGUUGGAAAAUGUCCUGA